UCGUUUCCGCCUACCGUUUGUCAUGGUGCGUUCACGGCGCCUCCUGCAGGAAAACGAUGAAGCGUUCGUCAAUCAUGGCUGCUGAAGGCAGGAUGAGGACGUGGAGCUGUCCGAGCAGAGGAGCUCCCUUUCAGUGGCUGCUCACCUUUUUUAUACUCAGUGACAUAAGCGCGGUUGUUGCUGCUCCGGAGACGGGUCUCUUCGAAAGUACGGUUGUAAAUUCUUCAAGACCACUACUGUUAAAGAAAUCCAUGUAUAAAGACACUGACAUUCAGUUCAAAGUUGUGUCUUUCAACUGUCCUGAGGAGGUGAACUUUACAGUUCACUGGUAUUUAAAGUAUUCCCCCUGUCACAAUGACUUCAACAAUAUUGAAGAAAUGUAUGAGGUAACGCCUCUGAGUCGUGGGACAAGCAUGGAUCCAAAUCCUCUUGGACAAGGAGAGUACAUCGAACACAAACACUGCCCCUUCAAAUGUAGCAAUAAACUACGCUCGCUUCAAAUGCUCAAAAAAGCGAAGGCAGACCCUCCAGUUAGUCUACCAGUCCAGAGUGAAGAGCACGUUGAUGAAAAGAGGAUCACUGAAGAGUGCGACAACAAUAGCACAAAGAACAGCAACCUAGAGAUCAAGGACAACGUCAUAGCCACCACAUGGAGGGAUGGUCCUUACCUUCUGGUUGUUAAGAUUGAGUCCAGUAAACCACUGGUUGCUAACUGGAGUUUAACAGUUAAUGUGGUGAUGAAGGGCAACCAUGGCUACAUUUCCAUCACAGAAUGGCCUCUAAUGAUUUUCUACAUGGUGAUGUGUAUAGUGUACAUCCUGUACGCCCUGCUGUGGUUUCUCUGGGCAGCGUGCUAUUGGAAGGAUCUGUUGAGGAUCCAGUUCUGGAUAGGAGGAGUCAUAUUUCUGGGGAUGGUGGAGAUGGCUGUCUUCUGUGCUGAAUAUGAAAACACAAAUGCAGUUGGAUCUGCCUCGCAAGGAUUGUUGGUCUUUGCUGAGCUGGUCUCUGCCCUCAAAAGGACUUUGGCUAGACUGCUCGUCAUCAUUGUCAGCCUGGGUUAUGGUAUUGUGAAGCCUCGUCUGGGAACAGUGAUGCACAGAGUUGUGGGUCUUGGAAUCCUGUACUUUGCUUUCGCUAGCAUUGAAGGUGUUCUGAGGAUCACAGGGGUGAAAGGCUCUGACUUGGCCCUGCUGGCCGACAUUCCCCUGGCUCUGCUUGACUCCUCUUUGUGCUGGUGGAUCUUUGUCAGUCUGGCACAAACCAUAAAGACUCUAAAGCUGAGGAGGAACCCCGUCAAGUUAUCGCUCUACAGGCACUUUACAAACACACUAAUAUUUGCAGUUAUUGCUUCCAUUAUUUUCAUGGGUUGGACAGCCAAGAACUUUCGACUAGCAAACUGCCAGUCUGACUGGAUUGAGCUGUGGGUGGAAGACGCUUUCUGGAGGUUCUUGUUCACCGUCAUUCUGCUUGUCAUAAUGUUUCUGUGGAGACCAUCUGCAAACAACCAAAGGUAUGCUUUUACACCUCUCAUGGACGACUCUGACGAUGAGGAGAUUGAGGAGUUCAUCGCCUCUGAGAACCUUGGGGACGGGAUAAAGUUGAGGGCAACUAAAGGUGACACGAAUGGCACAGCAAAGCCUGUAGAAACAAACCCUGAUGAAGACCUGAAGUGGGUAGAGGAUAAUAUUCCCAGCUCUCUUGCAGAUGUAGCUUUACCAGUUCUUCUCGACUCAGAUGAGGAAAUCAUGACGACCAAGUAUGAGAUGUCAAAGUUGGAGUGAGGCAAAACAUUCCCAGCACUGAGCAGGCGCGGAGGGAAAACACAGCAGCUCCCCCUGACUCUGAAGCAGGGCUUCCUCCAGGACUUCGAGGGGUGGAGUGCCAUUUUAUUUUUCAGGGUAUCCUUCCUAAUGGCUGCUACUCCGUAGAAUGGCGCAGGCUAUAAUUUACUCGACUUUUAAGUACAAAGGACUCUGCCAGAGGAGGCAAGACUUCACCCAGCAAGCGGGUUAUUAUUUCCCUGAUAUGAUCAGUUUUCUUCCAAAGAGAGUGUUUAAUAUUCUAAUAAGUGCUGUAUUUAUUUCUGUUAUGUUUAUGAAGGUUGAGUUCAUCAAAUAUGAGAGUGAUGGACUUGUGGAAGCCACCUUUCAGAUAUACUUUAAGUGUCUUUUUUAGGGUGUUUAGAUGUUGUUGGUUGCUCGAUUAAAAUUAGAUUUUUUAAAUUUAUGAUGGGGGAAAAAUGUCAGCAACCAAAAUACACUUAGUUUAGAACUCAUUUGUUUCAAAGAGAAUAAUUCUAAAAUAAAGAUCAGAGAUCAGUCAUGUACCAGGUUUCAUUUAAUUUCUUUUGAGUGUCUUUGUAUUUGGCAACACUAAAAUCAUUAGUAAGUAUGAAGUAAGUAAUUUUUAAAAAAACUUUUGUUAAGUGUAUUACGUUUUGUGUUGGAAUUUAGUCUAUGCUAUGUAUUUUGUUUUCUGGUUUUAGCAUUACAAUCUGAAGGAAGCAAGGACAUUUAGAAAUUUGUAAUACUAGCAACUUUUAGUGGAUUAUUUGCUCUAAUGCACUUUGGAGAUCAAAGCUGUGCCUGCAUGCACUUCCUGUAUGAACCCAAAUAUGCAUUACAGGUAACUGAGAUACAUAUAUGUGAAAGUGCCCAACACGCUCUGGGUUGAGGUGCAUGGACGUAUGUGAGAAGGCUGAAGGACAAACCGGUGACGUGAGUGUUUGUGGGUUUGUUGUACAGUAUGUGUGGGCAGAUUUUGUCUUCUGAAAAAAGGAGCAAUAUACAAUAUGUUAAUAGAGAGUUUAAUAAUUUCAUUCUUUGUGUUUUAAGUGUACUUAUACUCGUGUGUUUACAAUGUGUGCUCUAAUUUUUUAUGGUUUUUUUGUUUAUGUUUGACCAUAAACGACAUUACUACUGUAUUUAUUAGCAUCAACAUUAACACAACAAACUGCAGCUUGUUUCUUUGCAGUGUUUGCUGUAUCUGAUGAUGGCAUCAAUAUGUUGGGUUCACAGACACCUAAAUAAUUGUUCUUUUAAAAAGUCUUCAUAUGUGUCUUUUUUUAUGUUGACUGUUUUUAUUUCUUCAUGUGUUUGGUCUUGAGAAAUGUAAAAGCAGUGCAUGUAUUUAUUUCUGUCCACGCCUCCUAUAUUAUGACACACCCGAUAAUUUAAGCGGUUAGCACAAGCACAAGCUAAUCACCUGAAUCACUAUAAUAUCGCUUUUUCUUUUCUUUAUAGGAGCAUAUGGAAUAAUUGUGCUUUUAAUGGCAACCUGUCUGUGUUAUAUAAAACUGCAGACACCUGCAGUGGACCUUGAAUAUUUGUGCAGAUGGGUUUUGGCUUUGGCUUUUUUCAUAGGAAGACUGGCUGGAUAAUGUGACUCGACUUAUUAUUUUUAUGGGUGUCAUGAAGAAUUGCCUCAGACUGUUAAUACCAGCAGUUUUCUUCUCCCUGUGCUGACUGACACUGAUUAAAGAUGAAUUGAAUACA